GCCUGGCGGGCUAGGUUGAGUUAGCGGCUCGGACCAUUGCACACAGCGGGCGGAGGGGGGUGCGGGCGAGGAGGAAGGAGACGACGAAGGAGGCGGGGGGCGGUUUAAAGAGACAAGAGCCGAGCGGGCGGCCGGCUGGGGGAGCAGGAGCGGCGGCGGGCGGAGACUCGCCCUCUUCCCCACACACGCUCGCUCACACCGCGGCCAGGGUCGCCGCCGCCAGCGCCCCCCCCCCCCUCCCCUUCCCCUCCGCCCGCCGUUCCACAGCGGCCUCUAUGAGGUAGAAGGGAGCGGCGGCCACUCCGGGGGCGGCAGCGGCCGCUACAGCCGCCGCCUCCUCCUCCUCGCCUCAGAGAGCCCCAUCUUUGUGUGUGAGGGAGAGGGCGGGCGAGAGGGAGUGCGCGCUGCCCGCCCGCCGCCGCGCUUUGUUCGGAGCCGGGGGGCCGUGGCGGCGCGGAGCCCCGGCUCUAUGUGCCAGCCGCUCCCCGCGCCCCCACAGCAGCCCGCGGGGGCGGCGGAGGCCGCGCGGCAGGCGGCGGCGUGAGGGGCCGGAGCCCCUGAGGGCGGGCGCGCGGCGGGGGGGCGGGGGGGGCGCGCGGGCGGGCGCGCGGCCGCCCCGGCCCGUGCCCGCGUCCGUGUCCGUGCGGUUGCUGCGGAGGGGGGGAAGGGGCCGGCUCGCUGCCCGCCGGCCCGGCCCGUCUGCGGGCGGAUUGAUGUGGGGGGGUCUGACAUGAGUCCGCCGGCGGCCGGGUGCUGCCAUGUGACCGGCUUCAAGGUGGAGAACUGGAAGCAGAACCUGCGGGCGAUUUACCAGUGCUUCGUGUGGAGCGGCUCGGCCGAGACCAGGAAGCGCAAGGCAGAAGUAGGAUUUGUUCGAAUUAGGUGUGGGUUAAUCCAAGCUACAGAAGGACAGCAAGCUGCUCAGAUGGUCAUAAUGGCAAAGUCGUGCAUUUGUCAUAUGUGUGGUGCCCACCUGAACAGACUCCACUCUUGCCUCUACUGUGUCUUCUUUGGCUGUUUUACAAAGAAACAUAUUCACGAGCACGCAAAGACAAAGCGACACAAUUUAGCCAUAGACCUUUUGUAUGGGGGUAUAUACUGCUUUAUGUGUCAAGAUUACAUAUACGACAAAGACAUGGAACAAAUUGCCAAAGAAGAACAACGAAAAGCUUGGAAAUUACAAGGCAUUGGAGAGAAGUAUUCAACAUGGGAGCCAACCAAACGAGAGUUAGAAUUGCUACGACACAACCCCAAGCGGAGAAAAAUAACCACAAACUGCACCAUAGGUCUACGAGGGCUAAUCAAUCUUGGGAACACAUGUUUUAUGAACUGUAUUGUCCAGGCACUUACCCACACUCCACUGCUGCGAGAUUUCUUCCUCUCCGACAGGCACAAAUGUGAAAUGCAAAGCCCCAGCUCAUGUCUGGUCUGUGAAAUGUCUACGCUUUUUCAGGAGUUUUACUCUGGGCACCGAUCUCCUCACAUUCCAUAUAGGUUAUUGCACCUGGUAUGGACUCAUGCACGGCAUUUAGCAGGGUACGAGCAACAAGAUGCACACGAGUUCCUCAUUGCUGCAUUAGAUGUGCUACACAGACACUGCAAAGGUGAUGAUAAUGGGAAGAAGGCCAACAACCCCAACCACUGUAACUGCAUCAUAGACCAAAUCUUCACAGGCGGACUGCAGUCUGAUGUUACCUGUCAAGUCUGCCAUGGCGUUUCCACAACGAUAGACCCAUUUUGGGACAUCAGUUUGGAUUUGCCAGGCUCCUCCACCCCGUUCUGGCCACUGAGUCCAGGGAGUGAUGGCAGUGUCGUAAAUGGGGAAAGCCAUGUAUCGGGCACCACCACUCUCACAGACUGCUUGCGAAGGUUUACAAGGCCAGAACAUCUAGGAAGCAGUGCCAAAAUCAAAUGUAGUGGUUGCCAUAGCUACCAGGAAUCUACCAAACAACUCACUAUGAAGAAGUUACCCAUUGUGGCCUGUUUUCAUCUCAAACGGUUUGAACACUCAGCCAAACUGAGGCGAAAGAUCACUACGUAUGUCUCAUUUCCGCUGGAGCUGGACAUGACACCAUUCAUGGCUUCCAGUAAAGAGAGCAGAAUGAACGGGCAAUACCAGCAGCCGACGGAUAGUCUAAACAAUGAUAAUAAGUAUUCCUUGUUUGCAGUAGUUAAUCACCAGGGAACCUUGGAGAGUGGGCACUAUACCAGCUUCAUCCGGCAGCACAAGGACCAGUGGUUCAAGUGUGAUGAUGCCAUUAUCACCAAGGCUAGCAUUAAGGAUGUGCUAGACAGUGAAGGAUAUUUGCUGUUCUAUCACAAACAGUUCCUGGAGUAUGAAUAGCCUUAUCCAGCAGCCUGUGAGAUACAAACAAGGAAGAAAAUAAGCAAGCCUUCUGAAUCGACACACAAACCUACCUGAAAUGAAAAGACCCAUUACAAAACAACUAGCACUGAGCUGUAACAGGACCUACUUGACACUGACUCAAAGCCUGGCGGAGUAAGAAAUGAACAAUGUCCAACGUGUAUGCGGUCCCGCAAGGACAGAACGGGGGAAAAAAAAAAAAGAGGCUACAGUCAGUCACUUAACAGAGGAAAUAUAAAAUGAAAGGAAUGCUCUGGGUGGGGGAAAUGGGAGCAGAGGAGUCCGGGCACUGGUACAUCUCCUAUGUUCCUCCAAAAUGUGUGUGGGAAGGCAAGGGGUUAUACCCUCAUCUCCAUAAAGCAUCUUCUCCAUUUGGUGCUUCAGCUCCAACGACCAAUCAUAUAACAGUUAAAAUUAAAAAUCCAAGCCCAUUUUUUAUGCAUAUGGGUCUGAAAGCAGUAGAGUGGAGGAGGAGGGGAUGACACAACUAAAGGACUUUGCAAGUAUCUUUUUAUUUGUGAAUUUUAGUUAUUAAAUAAAUACAGUAUGAAACUAUUAGGCUCUUUUUUUUCAACAACCAUAAAAGAAAUCCUGGAUUGUGGAACUGAAGCUACAGCACUAAGACAGGUUUUCAAGCAUGCCUGCUUGCACAGGUAAUGUUUAAUGCCAUCGGACUGCUCAUCAAAAGCAUCAGCACAGAUUCUUUUCUGUUUGAGCCCUUUUUUGUUUUGUUUUCUAUAAAUAGCUAUUUUCUUAAUUUUUUUCCUUUUAUUCCCUUUUUUCACGAGAAUGAAAUUCAUAAAUGCAACCAUCAGUAAAAAUGAAUGAAUUGGCGUGUUUAUACUGUAAGAGUGGUCUUGGUUCUUUUUUUAAAUCUUGUGAAUAAGUUUGAAUUUCUCAAAA